GUGGUCACUAUCAGUAAGGAUGGCAGGACAGGCGCAACUCUCCUCUCACACCAGUAUUUCUAUAUCCAAAAUCUUUGAUACAAUGGAAUAUGGCCCAGCUCUUGAGGAUGAGAGUGUAGUUCAGGCUUGGCUUGAUGAUCAUGACAGGAAAUUUGGCCACUUCAUUAACAACACUUGGGUGUACCCAGAUGACCGGAAGACAUAUGAGACAAAAGACCCUUGUCGAGGCACUGUCUUAGCAUCAACAAUUCAGGGCACUCAAGAGGAUGUAAAUAAUGCUGUUAUUGCAGCUAAAGAAGCAUUCAAGUCUUGGAAUUCUUUGUCAGGCCAUGCAAGAGCUCGUUACUUAUACAGUAUUGCUCGUCACGUUCAGAAGCAUUCUCGUCUCUUGGCUGUUCUGGAAUCCUUAGACAAUGGAAAAACCAUUCGAGAAACACGAGAUUGUGAUGUUCCCUUAGUUGCCAGACAUCUUUACUACCAUGCUGGCUGGGCUCAGUUGAUGAACUCUCAGAUGAUAGGAUGGAAGUCUAUUGGUGUCGUUGGUGCAAUUGUUCCAUGGAACUUCCCAUUAAUGCUGCUGGCAUGGAAGGUGUGUCCUGCUCUGGCCAUGGGUAAUACAGUCGUCUUGAAGCCAGCUACAAAUACCCGUUUGUCAGCACUUCUUUUUGCUGAAAUCUGUGCUGAGGCUGGGCUUCCUGCUGGAGUGUUUAAUGUAAUAACAGGUGGGGGCGCAAUGGGUUCCAUGCUUGCAACUCAUCCAGAUGUUGACAAGGUGGGAUUCACAGGGUCUACUGAGGUUGGUCAGAUCCUGAGAAAAGCAACUGCAGGGACAGGAAAGAAAAUUUCUCUGGAACUAGGAGGCAAGAGCCCCAUAAUUGUGUUUGAUUCAGCAGACCUUGACUCAGCUGUUGAGGGUGUUGUUGAUGCCAUCUGGUUUAAUCAAGGACAGGUUUGCUCUGCUGGAUCACGUCUCUUGGUCCAAGAGCCUGUAUUUGAUAGAUUUAUUGAGAAAGUGAAGCAGCGCAUGAAGACGCUUAGACUUGGCUCAUCCUUGGACAAAACCAUGGAUAUGGGUGCCAUUAUUGAUGAAACGCAGCAGAAAUUUAUUGCUGAGUAUGUUGAUGAUGCUCAGAAGGGAGGAGCAGAGGUGUUUCAAGUUGAUGCACCAUCAGGCUGUUACUACCCGCCAACCCUAAUUACUGGUGUAGGAACUACAUCCCGCACAGUUGUGGAAGAGAUAUUUGGCCCUGUUCUUAUAGCCAUGCCAUUUAGAACUGCCAAGGAGGCCAUAUCUUUGGCCAAUAACACUAUAUAUGGGCUAGGUGCAUCAGUCUUCACUGAACAGAUGACUCUUGCUAUUGAAACUGCCAAAAUGAUCAAGGCAGGUGCUGUCUGGAUUAACUGCCACAACAUGUUUGAUGCUGCUGCUGGCUUUGGUGGAUACAAGCAGAGUGGCUUUGGGCGGGAUGGAGGUAAAGAAGGUCUCUUUGAGUAUGUGAAACCUUCAUGGCAAAGUCGCUUAAGCUUUGAGGCUCCUGAAUUUGAUCUUAAAAAAUUUGGUGCUUCUUACAUGGCAGACCGACCUUCACUCAAUACAGCCACACCUCAGAUUGUUAGUGCUGAUGGAAUACUACCACAAGUAGAUCGAACAUAUAAGCUGUAUUAUGGUGGGGCUCAGAAACGUCCAGAUGCCAACUACUGCCGUGUGAUCAGUGAUGCCAAGGGUAAAGCUUUUGCCCUUGUUGGAGAAAGUAACAGAAAGGAUGUUCGCAAUGCAGCAGAAGCAGCAAGCAAGGCACAACCUGCAUGGGAGAAACGAACUGGAUUUAAUCGGUCUCAAAUUCUCUUUUACUGGGCUGAAAAUCUGGAGCAGCGACGUCAGGAGUUUAUAGAUCACUUGGUAGCACUGACAAGUCAGAGUACAGAAACUGCUGCUCAGGAGGUGGAUGCUACAGUGGCUAGACUCUUUCACUGGGCAGCUUUUUGUGACAAAUAUGGUGGUGAUGUUCAAGAAACCCAGCUGUAUGGCACUGUACUGAAGAUUCAUGAGCCAGUGGGAAUAAUAGGUGUGGCAUGUCCUGAUAUAGCUCCUCUCCUAAGUUUUGUCUCUCUUGUUGCUCCUGCAGUUGCUCGUGGAAAUGCUGUAGUGGUAGUGCCAAGUGAGAAGUAUCCAACUGUAGCCUUGUCUCUAUACCAGGUUCUGGAGACAUCAGACCUUCCUGGAGGAGUUAUCAAUAUUCUAACAGGUUCACGUGACCAUAUUACGAAGUACUUGACUGAGCAUCAAGAUCUCCAGGCAGUGUGGUACUUUGGUAGCUUGAAAGGUUCCAAGUUUGUGGAGUAUACUUCAGCAGUUAAUAUCAAACGAACCUGGGUGAAUUAUGGAUUGGAUCGAAAUUGGUCGGACCCCCAAGAAGGACAGGGUGAAGAGUUUUUAUACAAUGCUACACAAGCCAAGAAUAUCUGGUUAACUAUGGGAGAUAUUUUUGCUAACUGAGUAGGGCAGUAUUGUGUUUGACAAGAUGUAUGGUUCUGUAAUGUGAACUUCAAUAACAGUGCCAGUUACAUGGUUACUAUUACAGUAUAGUAGUGUCUCCAGUUAAUAAAUUUAUCUGUAAUUUUGUAUGAAAAAUCAAACUAAAUAUAUUUUACAAUUACUGUGCUAAAAA